ACAUAGCAACCGAAUCCGAACCGUCAUGGCCACCUACACGCAGACGGUGCAUAAGCCGUUUGUGAGGCCAUCCCGGACCUAUGACUACUUGUAUGACCCUAACUUCACAGUGAGUAGUGAACAGGACCAUGCCAAGGAGGCAUUCAAAGCACACACCAGCAUCGACAGGAUUCACUGUGUCCCUCAGUUCCGGACUAUGUUCAGUGUCCUCCGACACUACCCCAGACAGAGGGUGACGCUGGACUCCACUGACCCCGUACCCCGACAUGUGCCACGGGUGUGGAGGGGGUACCCCGAGAGACACCGCCAGACCCUUCUCCAGUUCAAGAAAUUCAACUAUGCCCCAGACCUCCCGGUACCUGAGAAGACCUACGAAAACCCAGAGGCCGGGGGUAGGAACAGGUAUCACUACUUUCGGAGGCCUAUCAUACCCUUCUUGCCCCAGAUGCCACCCAGUGUCCUCCUUGCUCCCACCAGAGUGAAUCCUGCAGCUCCACCUGGUACAGGUUAUGGUGCUCGUGGUGGCACGGUGAGUGGGGGAGGAGUGAAGAGUGUGGGUGUCCAGACAGACUACAGAGACAGUGAGACACAGACCGAGCCCUACAGCCCGGAAUACCUCGUCCGCCCUGGCUCCCAGCCUGAGCUCCUCACACUUGCUUCACUCUGCUACGGGAAGGGGCUUCCUGCUGGGCUGGCGGAGGUGGAGAUGAUAGAACGAGCACGAGAGAAGCGGCGGUGGGAAGAGGGGCUGCCCCCAAUUGACGACCCCAAUCAGUUGGAGCGCCGACGGGCCAUGAUGGAGGAGCAGGAGAGGAGAGAGUGGGAGCAUCGCGAGAACGAGAUCAGACUGUUGCAGGAGGAGAGAAUGGCACUGGUGGAAGAGACAAUGAGACAGAGAGAGGCAGAGCAACAGGAGCUCAACGAAAGACGUCUCGAGCACCUCUGGAGUAAACAUCGCAGCGAGGGUGAACGCAAACUCCGCAGACUUCGUGCCAACCAUGUCAAGAGCCUCCGCCAGCUGAGUGGGAAGGUCGCGAAGGUCACCAGCAGGAGCCGUGGGCGGAACAUCAUACAGAGUUACACAAACUUUGACUCAGAGGCCAGUGCUAUAGUUUUCCCAACCCACACACACACGUACAUCCUGUAUACAUUCUACAUGACGGUUAGAAAGGGAUCAAAAAUCAAAGGACAAAAUGUACACAAGGGUUUGUGUUCUUCCUCCUCUCUCUGGGUGUCACAGGUGUAUGCCCCAAUGACCAGGACGGGAGUGUUCCUGGAUGCUGGGAGUGAGAAGAACACGGUGCACAGUAUGCUCACCAACACACUAGAGGGACUGCUGGAUCUGGAGGCCUCUCUGCCUGCCUUCAUCACUCAGCCAAGGGUGUGUGCCCCUGAGAGGGAGAGGAAGGUGUGUGGACUGGCAGCCAGACAGAAGGUGAAGCUGGGGAGGAUCCUGGACCAGGUCCACUGUGACAUCAUUGCUGAGAGACAAGCUGGUCAGCAGACUCCCAGGCCACUGCGACUGCUGCAGAAGGUGGAGAAGCCAGUGCCCCGCCCACCAACUCCCACCUGCCUUGCCCCUCCCCCCGGGGUGGAGGAAAGAGAGCAGGCCGUUGUUCUGCUCCAGAGAGUUAUACGAGGUCGCUCCAGACAAGCCAAGUUGUAUGCUGCUAAGGAGCAAAGGGCAGACCUGAUAAGAGAACUGCGGACGACCCACGCCCUCCAAUCUCCAGAGCAGGCACAGAAAAGACAGGAGAAGAAGGACAUCCUCAGCAAACAGACACACAAGUUGGUGGAGGAGCACCGAGAGGCAGUGGUGAGUGAUGCAGUGGAAGAAGGAGCAGCUCUCUGUGUCGGAGACCAGCUGGACUUCUUGCAGAAGGAACUGGAGAGACUCCAGGAGGAGCGUCGUGUACAUGCGUUCCUGCUGCUGGCAGAGAGACAGAGGAGGAUGAGGGAGGCCGAGGAGAGUGGACGGCGGCAGAGAGAGGAGAGACUCAGGAGGAUCCACGAUGAACUCUUCAAACAGACGGUUCGUGUACACAGUGGAACGGUGGACUCAUUCCUGGAGGAUGUAAUCCUGUCCUCAGUGGAGCGGACGGCCGACCAAGAGGCACGAGAGGAGGUCCGCAGACAGGCUGACACCAUUAAUACCAUCGCCCACCAGUUUGUUCACACUGAGGUGACGGGGAAGGAGCUGGCAGCUGAACUGGUCUACUCUUUCCUUCUACCAGAGGUCGAGAGGCAGACCACACGAGAAAAAGUUCAGAGAGACCAGCGUCGCCACCUGUUAGCUGCUCAUCGUAUCAUCCACUCAACUGUUUGUACUGAUAUUGCAGCUCAGAGUACCACCAGUGGACCCCCACCCCCACCCCCACCCAGUGAGGGUGCCACCAAUGCACCACUAGGUACCACUGCUAGGCCACCAGCUACCAAUGAUGGCAUGGUUAGCACUGCAGACUCCACAAGCCAAAAACUCGAACAUGCUACCACUACCAUACCGUUAACAACCAAUGGCCUAACUACUACUGAUUUUGAAACCACCACCGAACCAAAGACUACAGACAAAGAGACCACGACCAGCGACAGGGAUACGACUACCGAUGCAGAUACCACUGGUGUGCCACUAGCCACUGGUGGGGACACCACUACCACACCACAAACCACUGACAAAGAGACCACUGAUACCACUGCUGUGCCACUAGCCACUGGUGGGGAUACCACUGACGAAGAGACCAUUGAUGCUACCACAGGUGCACAAACCAAUACUACGCCACAGACCACAGACAAAGAUACCACUACCACACCACCCGGUGACCAAUAA